AUGCAGGACAAUGAGAGCGAAUCAGCUAAAUUGCAUUCUGGCUCCAGCAGCCAGUGGGAACCAGCCUCCCUGGUACUGGAAACUGAGAGUGAAGCGGUAACCUCUUCAAGCGGUAACCUUGAACUGGAACAGCCUUGCCCGCCUCCACGUAAAACCUCGCGGCAAUACCUGAAGAGGAUCAUUGCUGAGUAUGAAGCCUUGGACAUGGAGAUGCCUUGUAUUCGCAAGUUCCCCAGGCCACCAGCUGCCCGGCCCCUUUGCCUCUGCCUGGAAAGCCCGGAGAUGAAUCAUGCCGAAGUUCUGGCAGCUGUGGAAGCAGCGAUUCCCAAUGCGUUUGAGUCAGGCCUCCUGCGCAGCAUCCAGUUUGAGAACAUCAAUGUGAUCUGUGGGACAGCUGGACGGAAGAACAGGUGGCUGAUCACAGUGUCAGACUUCCGGACCCGGAACCAGCUCCUAUGUUCAGGGUUGACCUUGGCCCAAGCCCACUUUGCCUUACGACGCUGGGAUGACCUGGUGAUGGAGGAUUAUCGCAUGCAUCUCCGAAGGGCGCUGGCUCGUCAGCGCCUGCUGGAAACUCUCAGUGACACAUGGGAUGCAAGUCACUUGGAUGGGCUUUGA